UACGUUGUUCUUUCCUUCUUUGGUUUCCUCUCGGCUUACUCUAUUUCAGGUGUUGUUCUCGUUGUGUUUGGUUGCCUUUCGACUUGGGAUUCUCGAGAGCCCUCCACGCUUUCUUGAUGACCACCUUUCUUUAUCCUUCCCCUUACGAUAUAUAGCUAAUCCAUGGCGAUCACUCUUCUCCCUGAUAGAUCGCUGAUUUACCAGCUUUAGAACGCACCUUCUUCCCUCUACUUUGUACGGUCGCGUUUGCAUCCUGUAGCUGAGAUGUCAUGGAGCUGAGAGCCAAGGCGGCUCCUCUUGUUCCCCUUUCCAUGGAGAGAAGAUGGAUGUGGCCCUUGCUGCUGUGCUCGAUCGUCGUCAUCGUCCUCGCGGUCACCUCCUCCAACAUGAGCAUCAUCUCCUCCUUCCAGACCAUGUUCUGGAUCUUCCCUACCGUGCCGUCCGCGAACAGGACCGGCCCCGCCUUCGUCGAGUCGCAGUUAGCGUCCGCCGCUCCCCCGCCUGUAGGUUCCCGGAUUCCCCGGCUGGCCUAUUUGAUCUCCGGAUCCAAGGGCGACUUGGACCGGCUGUGGCGCACGCUGCGGGCGCUGUAUCAUCCUCGCAAUAUCUACGUCGUCCACCUGGACUUGGAGUCUCCGGCGAGCGAGAGGCUGGAGCUGGCUUUGCGCGUCGCCAACGAUACCGUGUUAUCCACCGUCGGCAACGUGCACGUCGUCGAGAAGGCUAACAUGGUUACUUACCGAGGACCGACGAUGGUGGCCAGCACACUUCAUGCCUGUGCUAUACUUCUCAAGGAGAGCAAGGAGUGGGACUGGUUCAUCAAUCUCAGUGCCUCGGAUUACCCUCUCGUCACACAAGAUGACAUACUGCAUGUUUUCUCGUCGCUGCCGAGGAACAUAAGCUUUGUCGAGCACACGAGCAGAUUGGGCUGGAAAGAGUUAGUAGCAGCAUCACCGAAUAUUUUGGGUCAAAUCAUUUCUCUGUCUUCUCCUAAUUCUGAAGAUUGCGUUUACAGGGGCCAGAGAGCAAAACCUUUGAUGGUAGAUCCUGGGCUGUACAUGACUCGCAAGACCGAUGUGUUUUGGGUGAGUCAGAAAAGAGAGGUACCGACUGCAUUCAAGCUGUUCACAGGCUCUGCAUGGGUGGCUCUGACUCGAGAAUUCGCGGAGUUCUGUGUGUGGGGAUGGGACAACCUGCCAAGAAUUCUCCUCAUGUACUAUACCAACUUCGUCUCGUCCCCCGAAGGCUACUUCCAGACGGUGAUCUGCAACGCACCCGAGUUCUCGGUCACCGUCGCCAACCACGACCUGCACUACAUCUCGUGGGACGUGCCCCCGAAGCAGCACCCUCACACCCUCUCCAUGGACGACUUGCCCAAAAUGAUCGGCAGCAACGCCCCCUUCGCCCGCAAGUUCAAACGGGACGACCCGGUGCUGGACCAGAUCGACGCGGAGCUUCUCGGCAGGGCAAAAGGAAGCUUCGUCCCUGGAGGAUGGUGUGCAGGCGCACCCCUGUGCACGGAGAUCGGUGAUCCCACGCGACUCCAGCCCGGGCCCGGGGCUGAGCGGCUCGCUGCGCUCAUGGACGUGAUCGUCCGAUCGAAGAAGUUUACUCAGAACCAGUGUAGAUAGGACAUUUUUCCUUCUUCAGGCGAACUCAGGUCGCGACAUGAUGCGCCGCCAUCGGGGCGGCACACUGUGUAGCUAAAAUAAAUGCGAAAGGAGAGAGGCCAAUCCAUUGGCCAUAGCCUGUAAUCCAGAUUAACUUCAAACUUGUCUAACCCAUGUGAUAUCACCACCGUAAACAUAUGAUCAAUCGGCGUGCAUAGAACGGC